UUGGAAAGUGAUUUUCUGCCAGCUUUUUGUCUCUCAUUUUGCAUUCCUUUAUUUAAGUACCCUACAUUUCUCUCGUUUUCCCACCCAACAAGAGCAGAACACACACUGUCUUUUUCAUUUCAAAGGUGUUUUUGCGAGAAACAAAGAAGAAAUUAUGUUAUAAAUCUUCAUUCAGAUUAUUAUAACUGGGUGGAUUUUUUUUUUUUUUUGUUUAUAGUAAUUGAUUAACGAAGCUAAGCUGUAGCCUGAAUUAAGAAUAAUAUAACAUAUCAUGGCGUCAGCAUUAGCUGGAGAUGAUUUAGCAAGGUCGAUGAGCAGCAGAAGGAGCUGGGCGGCAUCGAACGGUCAUAGGAGCAGGGCAUCAGCGAGCUUCAGGGAGGUUUUGCAACCUCCACCUGAAGUGUUUAACAGGAGUGAACGUCAAGAUGAUGAGGAAGAGCUACGUUGGGCUGCUAUCGAGAGGUUGCCAACGUAUGAUCGGUUGAGAAAAGGGAUGUUGAGACAAGUUCUUGAUAAUGGGAGGGUUGUUCAUGAUGAAGUUGAUGUUACCAAGCUUGGGAUGCAAGACAAGAAGCAGUUGAUGGAUAGUCUGUUGAAAGUUGUUGAAGAAGAUAAUGAAAAGUUUUUGAGGAGAUUAAGGGACAGAACAGAUAGAGUGGGGAUUGAGAUUCCAAAGAUUGAAGUUCGGUUUGAGCAUUUGGCAGUUGAAGGAGACGUGUAUGUUGGAAGCAGAGCUCUUCCUACUCUCCUUAAUGUGACCUUAAACACAAUAGAGGGCAUUCUCGGAUUGGUCCGGCUUGCGCCAUCUAAGAAGAGAAAAAUUCAGAUACUUGAAAAUGUUAGCGGCAUAAUCAAACCCUCAAGGAUGACCCUACUUCUGGGUCCUCCAGGAGCUGGAAAAACAACAUUGUUAAUGGCACUUGCUGGAAGGCUUGAUCAUGAUCUAAGGUCAUCUGGAAAAGUGACUUACUGCGGUCAUGAAUUGGAUGAGUUUGUUCCUCAAAAGACAUGUGCUUAUAUCGGUCAACACGAUCUUCACCACGGUGAAAUGACAGUGCGAGAGACAUUGGAUUUUUCGGGACGUUGUUUGGGUGUUGGUACAAGAUAUGAAAUGCUUACAGAGCUGUCAAGAAGAGAGAAAGAAGCUGGAAUUAAGCCAGAUUCUGAGAUUGAUGCGUUCAUGAAAGCCACAGCAGUGGCAGGCCAAGAAACAAGCUUGGUGACAGAUUAUAUUCUUAAGAUACUUGGAUUGGAUAUUUGUGCGGAUAUCAUGGUUGGAGAUGAGAUGCAUAGGGGUAUUUCUGGUGGCCAAAAGAAGCGUGUGACCACAGGAGAAAUGUUGGUUGGACCAGCAAAGGCUCUAUUUAUGGAUGAAAUAUCAACAGGAUUGGACAGUUCUACUACUUUCCAGAUUUGCAAGUUCAUGAGGCAAAUAGUUCAUAUCAUGGAUGUAACCAUGGUCAUUUCUCUUCUACAGCCGGCACCAGAGACAUAUGAUCUUUUCGAUGACAUUAUCGUUCUUUCAGAGGGUCAAAUUGUUUACCAGGGUCCACGUGAGAAUGUCUUGGAUUUCUUUGAAUACAUGGGCUUCAAGUGCCCUGAGAGAAAAGGAGUUGCUGACUUUUUGCAAGAAGUAACUUCCAAGAAGGACCAAGAACAAUAUUGGUUAAAAAAGAACCAACCCUACAGAUAUGUUUCAGUUUCUGAUUUUGUGCAUGGAUUCGAUUCCUUCCACAUUGGCCAACAGCUUGCAUCAGACCUUAGAGUUCCCUAUGAUAAGUCCAAAACCCAUCCUGCUGCCUUAGUUACAGAAAAAUAUGGCAUUUCCAGUUGGGAACUGUUAAGGGCAUGUUUUGCAAGGGAAUGGCUGCUAAUAAAGCGUAACUCUUUUGUGUAUAUAUUCAACAUUGUUCAGAUAGCAAUCAUGUCAGUGAUUGGCUUCACUGUGUACCUAAGAACAGAAAUGCCAGUGGGUACUUUGGAAAAUGGUCAAAAAUUUUUUGGAGCCCUAUUUUUCAGUUUAUUCAAUGUGAUGUUCAAUGGAUUGGCGGAACUUACACUGACGAUUUUCAGGCUUCCUGUAUUCUAUAAACAAAGACACUUCUUGUUUUAUCCUGCAUGGGCUUUUGGCCUACCAAUUUCGGUCCUUAGAAUCCCACAAUCACUUAUAGAAUCAGGGAUAUGGAUUGCCCUGACAUACUACACAAUUGGCUUUGCUCCAUCUGCUACCAGGUUCUUCCGACAGUUUUUGACAUUACUUGGCAUCCAUCAGAUGGCUUUGUCCCUCUUUAGGUUCAUUGCUGCAGUAGGAAGGACACAGGUGGUUGCGAACACCCUGGGUACCUUCAUCAUGCAAUUGAUUUUUGUACUUGGAGGCUUUAUCGUUGCCAAACAUGACAUUGAACCAUGGAUGAUCUGGGGCUACUAUGUUUCUCCUAUGAUGUAUGGACAAAAUGCCAUAGUCAUGAACGAAUUCCUCGACAAAAGAUGGGGAGCGAACAACACAGACCCCAGAUUUGAUGCACCAACAGUGGGAAAAGUUCUUCUCAACACCAGAGGCUUCUUUACAGAUGAAUAUUGGUUUUGGAUUUGUGUUGGAGCACUCUUUGGCUUCGCCCUUCUCUUCAACAUUUUAUUUAUUGGAGCAUUGACUUUCCUGAAUCCCCUUGGUGCUUCCAAACCCGUAGUUGUCAAUGAAGAUGAAAAUAAGAAGACUAAAAACCCAUCCUCUGCUGGAAGGCAACCAGAAGGUAUUAAUAUGCAAGUAAGAAACUCUUCAGAUAUCGUGAAUGCUGCAGGAAGCGCACCUAGAAAAGGAAUGGUUUUACCUUUCCAACCCCUUUCACUUGCAUUCAACCAUAUUAACUACUAUGUGGAUAUGCCUGCAGAAAUGAAGACUCAAGGAGUUGAAGAAGAUCGUCUUCAGCUGCUACAAGAUGUUAGUGGCGCUUUCAGACCAGGAAUAUUGACAGCAUUAGUGGGUGUAAGUGGUGCUGGGAAGACAACCUUGAUGGACGUUUUAGCAGGAAGGAAAACAGGCGGAUACAUUGAGGGAAGCAUCAGCAUCUCGGGUUACACAAAGAACCAAGCAACCUUUGCUCGUGUGAGCGGUUACUGUGAACAAAAUGACAUUCACUCCCCAAAUGUCACGGUUUAUGAAUCACUCUUGUACUCAGCUUGGCUCCGUCUUGCUUCUGACAUAGACACCAAGACUAGAAAGAUGUUUGUUGAUGAAGUUAUGGAGUUGGUUGAGCUCAAACCAAUAAGGAAUGCCAUAGUUGGACUUCCAGGAGUUGAUGGUCUUUCAACAGAACAAAGGAAGAGGUUGACAAUUGCAGUAGAGUUGGUUGCUAAUCCCUCUAUCAUCUUUAUGGAUGAGCCAACUUCUGGACUUGAUGCCAGAGCUGCCGCAAUUGUGAUGCGUACUGUGAGAAAUACUGUGGACACAGGGAGAACUGUUGUGUGCACAAUUCAUCAGCCUAGCAUUGACAUCUUUGAAGCUUUCGAUGAGUUACUCUUGAUGAAAAGAGGAGGGCAAGUUAUUUAUGCUGGACCUCUUGGUCGCCAAUCUCAGAAGCUUAUAGAAUAUUUUGAGGCUGUCCAAGGGGUUCCAAAGAUUAGGGAUGGAUACAAUCCUGCGACAUGGAUGCUUGAGGUCAGCGCUCCGCCAGUUGAGGUUCAAUUGAACGUAGAUUUUGCAGAUAUUUAUGCCAGCUCUUCACUUUAUCAGAGGAAUCAGGAACUUAUCAAAGAGCUUAGUACACCAGCUCCUGGCUCCAAAGAUCUCUUCUUCCCAACCAGAUAUUCUCAGCCAUUCCUUACGCAGUGCAAGGCCUGCUUCUGGAAACAACACUGGUCUUACUGGAGGAACCCUCAAUACAAUGCCAUUAGGUUUUUCACGACAACAAUUAUUGGUAUAUUAUUUGGUCUUAUCUUCUGGAAAAAAGGACAACAAACAACAAAACAACAAGAUCUGAUGAAUCUUCUCGGAGCAAUGUACUCUGCCGUGCUUUUCCUUGGAGCAACCAAUGCCUCUGCUGUGCAAUCUGUUGUUGCAAUAGAGAGAACUGUCUUCUAUCGUGAAAGAGCAGCUGGAAUGUAUUCUGAAUUGCCUUAUGCAUUUGCUCAGGUGGCGAUAGAGACAAUCUAUACUGCAAUUCAAACUUUCAUUUAUACUUUACUUCUAUACUCGAUGAUUGGAUUUGAGUGGACGGCUGGAAAAUUCUUAUUGUUCUACUACUUCAUAUUAACAUGCUUUGUCUACUUCACUCUGUAUGGGAUGAUGGUUGUUGCUCUAACACCGGGUCAUCAAAUUGCCGCAAUUGUCAUGUCCUUCUUCCUUAGUUUUUGGAACUUGUUCUCUGGUUUUCUCAUUCCUAGGACGCAAAUCCCUAUAUGGUGGAGGUGGUACUAUUGGGCUUCUCCUGUGGCUUGGACAUUAUAUGGCCUUGUGACUUCUCAAGUGGGUGAUAAAAAUGCUCCUCUUGAGGUUCCUGGACGGCAAAAUAUGACGGUAAAGGGCUUCCUCAAAGAAAACUUGGAUUUUGAAUAUAGCUUUCUCCCGGCUGUUGCUGUGGCUCAUAUUGGCUGGUGUCUCCUCUUUGUCUUCGUAUUUGCCUAUGCUAUCAGGUUCUUCAACUUCCAAAGGAGAUAACUAGUUUCUUCUACACAUGUUAUAUGUUG